CUGAAGCUGCUGAGAGAGAGACGACCGACCGACCGACCGACCAACUGACUGACUGGCUGUCUGACUGUUUGUCUGUCUGACCAUCUGUCUGUUUGACUGUUUUUCUGUGUGUUUUGACAAACUGAGCUGGCGUGAAGAGGAUACUCAGCAGGAGAAGAAAUCAUCAAAAGUUUGAAGUUGAAGGAAAAAUGAAGGCAGUGUUGCAGGAGCAGCUGAGUCUGCACAUUCUGGACUGAAGUGGUUCAGGAGUCCACAGAGAAGAAGAGUCCGCUUUAAUGAGAGGGGAUCAGAUCCGGAUCAGGUUUCAUCUGGGAACAGUUAUUUUUUAGUUUUCUCUGCGUCCUCGCUGCCACUGAUCUGAUCUGAGAGCAGUCCGAGCAACAGGAAACCUGAACCAGCUGAGCCGCAGAACAGAUCUGGAUCAGAUCUGGAGGUGGUUUUUAUUGUUGAAUCGCAUUAAGGGGAUUCUUCAAACCAUCUCUGUGGAGUUUCUGAGGUCAGCAAAAUCCAGAGAGACGUGGAGACAGAGAUGGAGAGGAGAUUAGUGGAGUUUGGUUUUCUCAGAGAGUGAGAGAAGAAAGAGAGAGGAGAAUGGGAGAGAGAGGGGGAGGAUGAAGGAGGGGGGAGAGUCCACAUGAAACCACCAGAGACGUGUUUCUAAUGAAGAGUAGACUGUGGCCCACGAUCUGCUCCUGGACUGGAUCUGUGUGUGGUGAUGGUCUCUCUGUCUGAACAAACAGGAAGUGACUGGUUCAAACUUUAUUUCAGGCAGAGUCCUUCAGAUUAAGAGUCUUGUUUUUCAGUCUGGGUGGAUAUGAACUGAAACAGUAAGUCAAACCUCAGGACCGACCACACAUCUGUGUACAGGUGUAGUUGUCGGCAUGCAGUUGAACCGACCUCGCAGUGCCCUGCUCGGGUUCAGCCUCCCCCCUCCUCCCCCCCCUCCUCCUCCUGCCUCGUUCUCCAGUCAGUUCAGCACCAUGAGGUUCUCCUACCACCUGAGCUCCACACCACCAGCACACAGCAGCAGCUCCACCUGCAGGACAGGUCCCUCCUCCUCCUCCAGUCCCAGCUUGCUGACUAAGAGUCUCUCUCUGGAGCCGUCCUGCUCUCCGUGCGGCCACCAGGGGGUGCUGGACGCUGACACUCCCCAGCAGCCGAGCUCUGACCCGGGGCCCAGCUUCUCCUCCUCAGGCCCCGCCUCCCUGGAGGGAGGGGCGGGGUUAACGGAGCGCCGAGGGUCUGCUAUUGGGCUGCUGCUGGUCAAUGACACAGGGCCGCCGGAGCUGCCAGCUACCACAAUAGCACCACUGAGCAAGAGCCGACCGCCGCUGCCGGGGCCCAAACCUCAGGUUCCCCCGAAGCCCCCCCACCUCCAGCAGCAGGUGGGGGUGUCAAGGCCACGCCCCAGGGCUCCAGAGAAGCCCCUCCCUCCGCCCCCACCCUGUAGACCCCUCCCAGCGGACCCCCGAGGGGGCCGGACUCUGCCAACCCGUGCCGAUGGCACUGCUUCCCCGACCUGUGUCCUGUCACUCAUUGAGAAGUUUGAGCGUGAGCAGAUCAUCGUGGUUCCUGACAUCACUGGGGGGGCUCUCUGUCCCCGCUUAACUGACCCCCCCUCCUCCCUCUCCUCCUCUCGACCUUCGUCACCACCAUCGUCAUCAUCCCCCGCCCCUCCCCCACAUGAUGAGGAGCUGCCCUCUGAGGUCAAAGAUCACGAUGAAAUCACAGAGGGGAUUGAGGAAGAGGAAGGAAAACUACAUAAUGAUGAAGAUGAUGAUGAAGAUGAUGAUGAUGAUGAUGAAGAGCUGGUGGCAGCAUGUCGUGACGACCUCCAUCAGAAGCGUCUGUCCAUGGAGUCGGGUUACAGCGCCUCAGAGAAACACCUGGAGGAUGAUGUGGUUGCCGUGGAAAUGAGGGAGCCACAGCAGCAGCAGCCGCUCGACCAAUCAGAGCUCCCCUCGGAGCGUCUGUCCCUCCCCUCGUCACAGACUGACGGGAAGCUGGCCAAUCGGGACAGCGGGAUUGACAGCAUCAGCUCUCCGUCACACAGCGAGGAGCUCUGCUUCACAGGUGUGGAUGACGGGGUCGUGGCUUAUCCCUGCAGCCCCGCCCUCCUGCCCCGCCUCUCCAGCUCGUCCUCGUACGCAGGGGAGGGAGGGGAGGGGGAAGGAGAGGGGGAGGUGAGAGGAGCGGCGAGGAGGAGGAGGGAAUUCUCUGAGGAGGGAGACAGUGACCUGGAGGAGGAGGAGGCUGAGCUAACUCUGGUGCUGCCACCCCCCAAGACAGACAGGCAGGAUUCUGCUGAGAUGUCGGUGCAGCAGAGGGUCUUCAACAUCGCCAACGAGCUGCUGCACACAGAGACUGCCUAUGUCUCCAAGCUCCACCUCCUGGACCAGGUCUUCUGUGCCAGACUCCUGGAGGAGUCCCGGUCUCGCUCCUCUUUCCCCUGCGAUGUGGUUCAGGGAAUAUUCUCCAACAUCUGCUCCAUCUACUGCUUCCACCAGCAGUUCCUGCUGCCGGCGCUGCAGAAGCGGAUGGAGGAGUGGGAUUUGAACCCACGAAUUGGGGACAUCCUGCAGAAGCUGGCUCCCUUCCUGAAGAUGUACGGAGAGUAUGUGAAGAACUUCGACCGAGCCAUGGAGCUGGUUAACACCUGGAUGGAGAGAUCAGCUCAGUUCAAAGCCAUCAUCCAGGAGAUCCAGAGGGAGGAGCGUUGUGGUAACCUGACUCUGCAGCACCACAUGUUGGAGCCGGUUCAGAGGAUCCCACGCUACGAGCUGCUGCUCAAAGACUAUCUCCACCGGCUGCCAGAGGACGCCCCGGACUACAGGGACGCCCAGAAGUCUCUGGAGCUGAUCGCUACAGCAGCAGAACACUCCAACGCUGCCAUCAGGAAGAUGGAGCGAAUGAGGAAGUUGUUGAAGGUGUACGAGUUGCUGGGAGGAGAAGAAGACAUUGUUAACCCCACUAACGAGCUCAUUAAAGAAGGACACAUCCUCAAACUGUCCAAUAAGAACGGGACCACGCAGGACAGAUACCUCAUACUGUUUAAUGACAGGUUGCUGUAUUGCGUCCCCAAGCUGCGUCUGAUUGGUCAGAAAUACGGCGUCCGCGCUCGCAUCGACGUGGAUGGCAUGGAGCUGAAGGAGACCAGCAGUGUUGCAGUCCCCAGGACGUUCCUGGUGUGUGGGAAGCAGAGGUCCCUGGAGCUACAGGCCAGGACGGAGGAUGAGAAGAAAGACUGGAUCCAGGCCAUCCAGGCGACUAUUCAGAGACAUGAGCAAACCGUGGAGAGCUUCAGACAUCUGAAUUGUUCUCUACGAGAUGAUGAGUCCACACCACCUCACUCCCCGAGCUGUGUGGAGCUUGGGAAGCGUGCGCCGACUCCGAUAAGAGAGAAGGAGGUGACUCUGUGUAUGAAGUGUCAGGAGCCGUUCAACUCCAUCACCAAGAGACGGCACCACUGUAAAGCCUGUGGACAUGUGGUUUGCGGUAAAUGUUCGGAGUUCCGUGCUCGUCUGUCGUACGACAACAACCGCACUAACCGUGUUUGUGUGGACUGCUAUGCCACACUGGUGGGAGUGCUGCCCUCGCCUGCCACACUGACCAGCAGCACCCAGAGGAGGCGAUCCAUCCUGGAGAAACAGGCCUCGCUGGCAGCAGAGAACAGCGUGAUUUGUAGUUUUCUUCACCACAUGGAGAAAGGAGGGGGGCGGGGCUGGCAGAAGGCAUGGUUUGUCAUCCCUGAAAAUGAGCCGCUGGUGCUCUACAUCUAUGGCGCUCCACAGGACGUGAAGGCGCAACGCAGCGUCCCUCUGAUUGGCUUCGAAGUCUCUCUACCUGAGUCAUGUGACCGCCUGGAGAGACGCCACGCCUUCAAGAUCUCCCAGAGUCACCUGACCCUGUACUUCAGCGCUGAGGGGGAGGAGCUACAGCGGCGAUGGAUGGAUGUCCUGUUGAGGGCCGGGAGGGGGGAAGAGUUUCAGGUCCACCGGCCAAUCGUGGAGAGUCUGGAGGAGGAGGGGGAGGAGCUAGCAGCUGCAGCGGACUGCGAGAACACGUGAUUCUAUUGGAUGAGGAACAAUGACGAUGAUGAAGGCAGGGUCUUUAGAAGAAGAUCAGUCGCUAUUGGAAACCAGUACAAAACCAGUGCAUACAGUCGUAGCUGAAAUAUACUUUAAACACACACACACACUAACACACACACACACACACACACACACACACACACACACACACACUCUGGGCUCUCUGUAUAUUUAAAGUGGUUCGUCUGCAUGAUUUCUCCUUGCUGUCAACACAAGAUGGCGUCUCUCUCUCUCUUGAUUCACCUGUGUUUCACCUGUGAGGUGAGGUGGGCGGAGCCUCUGGUCACACAUUUACCUUGUCGUCAUUGUAAAUUCUCACAGUAAGCUUUCAAUGAUAACCUCAGAACUCAAACAGCAGUCUCCUGGAUUUCUCCCCUCAGUUUCAUCUGUGGAAGGUCUCUAAACACUACAGUACCCAUGAGUCCCUGCUGCAUUUGCUAUGGAAACGCCCCCACCCAGAGCUGUGACAGAGUUGUAUCAUAUUGAGAAAAACUGACCCAAAAUCCCAUGUGAACUUUUGAAAUGAAUGACUUUAUCCAGUUAGGUCAUCCCGCCCUCAGCUGCACGGCAACAAGAGUCUGAAGCUCAUUCAUUGGUCCAUUCUUGUGAUGCAGUCAUCCAUAAAGCUCAUAAAAUCAGCUUCUGUGUCUGUAAUUAUGGGCCCAGUCACCACAUGUCUACUGAUGCACCACUGCAGCUCCUCAGCUUCUUCUUCUUCUGUGGUGUUCAUUUAUAUUUUAGUCUCUAACUCACUUUUUAUCAACCACGGUUAUUGUAAGUUCAGUGAUUUAAUGUGCGCUUCUCCAGAGUCACAAAGGUCAAAGGUCAGUUCACUCUUUAUCACUAUAUGUUCAAAAGCUUCAGGAGACAAGUUCAAACUCACAGUUUAAACCCUGACAUCAGGUCCAGUCCUCAGUCUGUUUCCAGCUCCCACUGGCCUGAGUCCCUGAGCAUCCACACAACCUGCUCAUUUAUCUGAGAAUAUGGACAAUAAACCAAGACCACGACCUGCAAUGAGAGAAUGAGCUACGGAGGCUGGUGGAUCUGCAGCAACAGGGUGGGACCCCACCUGGACCCAGACUGAAGAUAAUCCAGCCCGGCUCCCUGAAUCACGGUCAUACCGCCCAAUUUUAGAGCUGGAGGUAGUCUUUCCACUGCUGGAUGUAUUAAUGUGAUUUGUCUCAAUGGCUGAUCAGGGUGCUGCAACAAAAACAACAGACCUCCAUUAAACAAACUGUAGGCGACUCCAGUUGCAACAAGCUCUGUCAUCACUGUGUGUUUGAAUCCAAGGUCUGUAGGACAGAAUAGAUAUUAGGCUUUUGCUUUAGUUUCGGCUGUGGGGGUCUAGGUGGUGGGUGCAUAUUCAGUUCAUCAGACCUUCAUGCAGCCGACCAGAGUCCAGAUCCUGAACAACCUCUGUCCACCAUGAACCAGACUGUAGCACACAGUCUGUGAAGACUAACGAUGAUGUAAUGUGAGGUUUCGCAGAAUCACCUGAUAUGAUCGUUGUCUGGAGAUGGGGGCUGAUCCUGACCCAAUCUGACUCGGGUCCAUCAGUAGCACCUGAGCCCAUGAAGACCACGACGACCAUAAAGACCAUGAAGACCAUAAAGACCAUAAAGACCUCUACUGUGUGUUUACUUCAUCUCUCAAUGAAAACGUGUGGAAUGGAUUAACAAGCACAUACAGGCAUAUGGAGCCCCCCCCCCACCUUGGUUCAGUCCCAUUGAGAACUGAGGAGUCGACCUUCAGCCUGCCAUGAUGCAGCUGGUGUUGUCACCUCAGACGAUCAGAUUAGAGGAGGUUCUUCUUCUCUGUUUUUAAAGACUAAAGUUGAGCUGGUUUCCAACAGGAAGUGGAUCUAAACUGUCAGACUGUUGUCACAACAGAUGACACGCUGUCAGAGUUUUAAAAGAAGAAGAAGACUACUCCGUCGUCUUUAAAUGCACUUAAAAGACAUUUCUUAAUUUUUCAUUCAAAUUUCCCCCUGAAGAAAAAAAUCUGCAGAUUUCUAUUCUCUUUCUGUGUUUGAGCUUUUAAGACUUCCUGUCCUUAGUGACCUCGCUGCUGAUGUCUGACCUCCAAACUUCUCAUCACCUACAUGUCCCAGCAUCCUCUGCUCUGAGGUGUGGACUCUGCAGGUGCAGGUGGUUUUUCACUGUCCUGGAGAAACCUCAUUGACACUUUAUGGAUUAAACUUUUUAACUGAAGGUGAAAUUAAUCAGCUGCAAUGAUGAACCUGAGAGAUACAAGGUUUCUGCAGGACACUGAUGAUGUCAGACUCAGGAGAUGGGGGCGGUGGUGGAGGAUUAUUGGAGUUGGAUGUAAAAAGUCAGUUUUUAAAGACAGUUUCAGGCAGAUGGAGACAUGAAGAGUCUCUGUGAGGAACCGGAAACCAGACUGGACUGAACCCUGAACCCAGGUCUGGUGGACCCGCUGGUUUCUGUGUCUUGGAUUUUUUAAAUGAAUCCAGCGAUUAGACGGAGCUGAAUCCAGAAGAAAAGACUAGUUGUUUUUAUCAUCUUCACUUCCAGUGGUCCAGUAUUUCUGUCUCUGUAAACAGCUUUUGGACAAAGUGUUUUGAUAGUUAAAAAGUAAAUAUUAUGAAUAUUGUUAUUGUUAUUCUGAUGAAUCUAAAUGAAAAGAGAAGUGUUGGAUAUUUCCGUGUUUAUGAGUCUGGGUUGUGUUUGAUGUUUGCUUGAUGCAAGAAGAAAACAAAGAGUAAACAUUUUGUAAAUAUAAUUUAUUCUCCUGUGACCCACCCUCUCCCCCCAGUCAUGUGACUAUGUAAAGAUUAAAGGUCAAUCCUUGCUGUUCCUCCACACUCCGCAGAUCUCCACACAGCCAGAGCCCAGCAGAUGGUUUGGGGUCCAGCAGUGGCCAUGUUGGCUCCACAGGGUAAAGAUUAAAGGAACAAUCUGACAUUUUAAUAAAUCCUCUGGUUCAGUGUCUCAGAGUCCCUCAGACGAAGGCCACUCUCAUCUCUGUCUGUCCAGUAUAGAGAGAGGUCCAGGAAGUAGUUAGCCUAGCUUGGCAUAAAGACUGGCAGGGGGAAAUUGUUAAGAAAAACACCAACAACAAGAAAAACACCCUACAAUACCUUAACACAAUAACAUUUUAACAGGUUUUAUGUCUGAAAUUUUAACAUCAUUUUAAAAGGUAAAAACUUUGAAUCUUCUUCUCAAUCAGCGAAAAUGUUGAAGGAUUAGCAAAUUCAGUGGUGGCUAAAUUGAUAAAAUAUUGAACACUGCUGACUGAGGCCAUUAAUCUAGCUAGCUGCUAAAUGCUACUUUAACCGAGAGCUAAUAACUCUAGCUAACGAGGCUAAUCUGUGGUUCGCUGGUAAACACUAGCUGUGGGUCUUACUAACGACUUGAUAAAUUCACUGUUCACUGUGCUGUUGGUUAACAACAUUAAAUACCAGCUGAUGCUUUGGAGUUUUAUUCCUCUAUGGAUAGAGCUAGGCUAACAGCCCCCCCUACUCCCAGUCUUUGUGCUAAGCUAGGCUAAACAUCAAUGAGAUGAAACGGAAGGUUUUGAAAACUGAAUUUCUCUCAAUUUUGAGCUCUUCUUUAAGCUCUACCCCCGCCACUGGCCUGAGGCUCGGUCUGUACACGGCUCUGGUUGUCACGGCGUGUUUUUGGCGUGUAAAGCAGGCUCCAGUGGUGUGUCGUCCUCUCCUCCCUCAGUGGAAGGAAAUGGCCAGUAACUCAGCCUGAGAGUUCAUUUUCAGCAGUUGUUUUGAUGUGGUAAAAAUGUCUUCAAUAUUAAUCUGAGUGAUUUGUGUUGAUGCUGAAUUUUGCUUCUUUUUUUGAGUUUUAUGUUUUCUGCUGCCAGAGACAUUUGGAACCAGUUCUGACUGGUUCUGACAGGUUCUAACCAGAUCUUACCAGUGUUGACUGGUCCUGACUGGUUCUGAUUGGUCCUAAUUCGUCCUGACUGGUUUAUCUGGUUCUGACUGGUUCUAACUGGUUCUAACCAGUGUGUGUAUGAUAUAGUUGAACCAUAGUUUGUUGUAUCUUGUAUCUAGAACCUGAGCAUUUCUUGUUAUUUGGUCUUGUACCACGUCAGUCCACAACCAGUUACAAACCAGUUUGAGGCAGUUAUGACUCGAGAUGAGUCUGACUACAUUUUUAUUACAUGAGGGAGUUUUUUAAAUUUAGAUUUUAAAUUUGUGGUUGUGGUUGAUUUUUCAAAAUGAUACUCAAGUAUUUUUCCCACUAACACAAGUUAGCUCUGGCCAGCUCCCUCCCCCAACACACGUCUCUACUUAUAACCAGUUAAAGCCACUUAUUACCUGCAAUAAGACCAGUGUUUAUUGGUUCAAACAGAAAUGUUUUCAGCCAGUUUGGACCAGUUAGAGCUAGGACCAGUGUAGUUAAAACCAGUUUGAACUGGUUCUGUCACACUGGACUGUCCAUCUGUGACUUUCCUGGUUUACAGCUGAUUCAGUUUUUUGCCUUACAGUCUCUGAGUUUAUUGAACUUGUGCCAAAUCAGAAGAGUCAAUUGCUGUCAGUGUUCAACUGUUCAGUCUGUGCUUUUGUAUUUAUUUCUCAUUUUUAAUAUUGAAUUUUUUUUUUUUUUACUUCCUGUCUGUUAUGAUCCUGAUAGGUGUGUUUCUCUCACUUCCUUCACCUGUUCAGACCCUGUCAGAUGGUAAGUUUCACAGACUGUUAAUGGCUGCUGUUACCCAUGUUUACUGAACGGAGAGGUCAGGGGCCCCUGGGCCAGAGUCUUUGUUUGAGGUCAAUGUUUGAAAGUUACAAAGCUCAGUUAAAUGACACAAAGCUACACAAAGUCAAAAAAUACAAAGAGACUAAAAAAUGUGAUUGCCCACCUUCAAUAUAAGGAGUUCUAUACAGGAGGGGUGGGGGCCUAUUACCGGUCUGUGCCCAGGGGUCCAUGUUCUCAUAAUCUGUCCAUGCUGUUACCAUGGAGACUACCAGGAUUUCCCCUUUGAGAUGAGGCUGAAACACACCUGAAACAAACCACACAAUGUUUAUAUGGGUAUGGGUACAUUUUUCUAAUAUGGCUGUUAAAGAACCAAUCAGAGGAGGACUAGGUGGUGAUGUCAUGUAGCUGAUUGACAUCCUUAUUAUCUCUGACUUCUUGCUACAGUAACUGCAGUCCGUGCAGUUACUGUAGGUUUCUGGAGCAGCAUGUUACCAUGGUGACCUCCAGGUUCCCAGAGCCUCAUUCCCCAGUGCUGGUUACCAUGUUACCAUAGCAACUUCUAGACUCAAGUUACCAUGACAACAGCACCCACCACCAUGUCUGUCUCUGUCUCUCUCUCUCUCUCUCUCUUUCCGGGUGUAACAGCAGCAUGGUUGUGUCUUUUUCAUCUCCUUGUAGUUCUGGUAUCUUCUUAUUAUUGAUUAUUGAUUGCAGGUUAUUGGUUAGUGGCCGGCCACUGCCUUCCAUCCUGUCCAUAUCUGUUUCCCAUCAUGCCCUUCUAUAAGAAAAUAAAGGAGAAUUGUUUAUGAGGUUAUAAAUGAAAUAAAAUCAUGAAAACUGUU